UCAGGGGAGGACAGUAAACACUUGUCUCCAGCUUGUCUACACCAUAGGUCCACACGCAGCUUAAAGUAAGUGUUUUCUCUGACUGUGACCGGUCAGGUCUGCAGAUCUGCAGAAGCAGCCUUUAACCUCCACCCAUCAUGGACGAAAGCGCAUUAAAAGUGCUGGUGAAGCUUACUCAGGACGGACACUUAACCUCUCUGGAGAAACACAUAUCAUUAGGCGGCUCGGCGGCGGUUCAGACCGUCAGCAGCAAACACUUUGGCCGAUCAGGAGACACCUUGCUUCACUACGCUGCCAGACAUGGACACUUGGACAUUGUGGACUAUCUAAUAAAACGUAUAGGCAUGGACGUGGAGGUGUACAACAACGACUACAAGAGGCCACUGCAUGAAGCUGCGUCCAUGGGUCACCAUGCGUGUGUCUGCUACCUGCUGGGUGAAGGAGCCAAGGUGGACAGUCUGAAGAAAGCUGACUGGACUCCUCUGAUGAUGGCCUGCACUCGGAGGAACCUCGACGUGAUCCAGGAGCUGCUCUGUCAUGGUGCUGACCCCGCUCUGAGAAACAAGGAUGGCUGGAACUCAUUCCACAUCGCCUGCAGGGAGGGUGAUCCUCUUGUCAUACAGCACCUGCUUCUUGUUGCACCUGAUGUCUGGAGGACAAAGAGCAAGACGGGAAGGACACCGCUGCACACUGCAGCGAUGCAUGGCUGUGAGGAGGUCAUAAGGCUCUUGCUAGAGAGAUGUGGCUACACCCCAGACAGCACAGACAGCUGUGGAGUCACCCCUUUCAUGGAUGCUGUCAGGAAUGGUCACAUCUCUGUGGCCAGGCUGCUUUUAGAGCACCAUCAGGCGUCUCCGACAGCAGCUGACAAACUCGGGGCUCAGUCGGUGCACCAGGUUGCUGUCACAGGUCAGGAGGAGGCCCUGCGGUUCCUGGUGCAGGACCUCGGCGUAGACGUGAACCAGAGAGCGACUGACCUCCAGCUCACUGCCCUGCAUUACGCUGCAAAGGAGGGCCACACGUCUGCUAUAAAAACACUGCUGGAGCUGGGGGCAGAUCUUCAUGUACGGGACAAAAAGGGAAGAACUGCUCUUCAUAUGGCUUGCAUCGGGCAGCACGCAGAAGCAGCCAGGACGCUUCUGCAGCUGGGACUCAAAGAUUCAGAGGAUGCAUCUGGAACGACAGCACGGCAGCUCGCCAAGAAGCCAGAUGUAACGAGAGCGUUUGAAUGUGGCUGAUCAGACACAUCAUGAACCAUAACACAGAAAGUAAAGAAAAUAACCUGAAGCACUUAAUGUGACUGAAAUCAAUCUGUUCUGGUUGCAUGGAUUACAUUAAAUGUUUACCUGAAUUGUUUUGUGCAUUGUAUUUAAGUGACAGGACUGGGGGUAUUAGUUACUUGCCUGUUAUAUUUACAUCAUACCUGGCUUUGGCUCUAGUGACUUGGACUCCAGAAGCACCUUAAAAAAAAAGCCACAAUGGUGUUUUUGCCAGAAGGCCAAUCAUGCUGAUACAUGAGAAUAAGAACUUUGUUUGGAAAAUGCUAUGCAAUGAAGUUUAGACAUGAUAGGACAGACAUAAGAUAAGCUCACCUGCCUGUGUGUGAUCUUUUCUUAUGGUAAUCUGAUAUCAUCAUAAACCCCCUGGCUUGCCAGUGCAGUUGCUGGGAUGUCUGACACCAAACAAAACCUAAGCUUUAGAUAUCAGCAACCACAUCUAUUUAUUUGCCAUCUUCUUGCUUGGCUGGUGUGUAUUACUGCGUAUGAAAAUGCUGUGUGUGCAUGUAAAUGUGAGUGAAAUAAAUGAACUUAAUGUAUGUAGAAAAUAAUAUUAGAAUCAAACUUUUUAGACAUAUUUUCUUAAUUCUAGGUUUUAUCUUUGCCUUAAAAUGUUGUAAUGUAAUGUCUGUACCUUAAUUAUCACUGUAUGGCCUAUAACCAGUCCUAUACAGACUGACUUGGGACUUGAGUGGGUAAUACACAGGCUGACGUCAUGGCUUUCACUGGAUUUACUAAAUAGGCGUGGUAACCAUGAAGCUAGUCCACGCUUGCAACACAAACAGUGAAGUGUCACAUUAUAAAAAAUUACUCUUCCCUUGUUGUAAAUCUUGACAUGAGAUGAUUAUGAGUUCCUGCUAAAACAGGUACUGUAAAAUGGGUAAAACGUCAGUGUAGGAUGGUGACCGCAGCAGUCUGUUAAACUCAGGAUUUGAGAGUAAUCAGCAUUAAAUAACAUGUAAGUUCUAAUACUAUCUGUGGUUUCAGGUCAUAUGGUUGGAAAGGA